CUUGGGUUGAGAACGGACGAAGUUGAGGGACGGACUCGUUUGAUAAAUAUUUAGCGCACACUACUUGACCGUUAAUUUAUUGUCACAAAACACGCAUCUAUGACAACAAGGUGCUUAAAGUAAGAACGCAUUUCCAAACAUGUUUUCAAUGCAUCGACUUUACGCUCAUUACAAGAAAAUUCGCUUCAAAAGUGUAAAAGCGGUGAGUUUGUGUAACUUUCAGACGGGUCCGGACUGUGAUUUACUCCGCACACAGCAGCAAACUAACCAGGUAGUAAAGGGGCACAAAAAAGCAAAAUCUGCAUGUCAACCCGUCCUGGUGCACUUUGACCAACAGUACAGUCAGGAAAUUGGAGACCUGUGGACAUCUGCAAAAGCAGUCCUGUUGGACCCCUGCACGUGGCAGCAUGGGGUCAUGUUGAAUCGCUUUUCCAUCCUGACAGACGUCGAGCACAUUCUGCAGACAAAGGGUUUUUCCAAGGUCUUGCCACAAACGGACGCCUCCACGUUGUUUUGUAAAUCCCCCUCAGCAGUGCCCUGUACUCAGCAGCGAGGAGGAAAAGCCUCUGUGAUACCUCUUGAUUGUACCUUGACAUCCCUUCCAGAUGAAUCACAUCUUUAUCAAUACAGUACCGCUGAUGCUCUAAGAGGACACAGCCAAUCAGAGCCUUCUACCUGUCAGCACCGUCCUUCCCUGCAGUGUUACAUCCACCCAUAUCCGCUGCGUUUCCCCUCCCAGGCUCACAGACCUGGCCAGCUGAAGCAGUACUACCUCUUAAAUGCUGCCUCCUUACUUCCGGUUUUGGCUUUGCAAGUGGGAGACGGGGAACGGGUUUUGGAUCUUUGUUCUGCCCCUGGGGGUAAAGCGGUAGCCAUAAUGCAGACUGCCACCCCAGCAUUUCUCUGCUGUAAUGAACCUGAUCCACACAGACGAGAGUGGCUGGCCAAAACUCUGGAGUCUUUUCUGCCUCACUCUGUAAAGACGAGCGUGAUGGUGUCUGCAGAGGACGGACGGACCUUUGGACAAAGGCAAACAGGGAACUACGACAAGGUUUUGGUCGAUGCGCCGUGUUCAAAUGACAGAAGCUGGCUUUAUUCUUCCAGUGACCAGCAGGGGGAACAGAGGUUGAAGGAAAGAGCCAGACUGCCUCUGGUCCAAGCUCAACUGCUGAGGUCUGCCCUGUCAGCAGUGCGUCCAGGGGGCGCUGUGGUCUAUUCGACUUGCACCUUAUCUAGCCCUGAAAACCAUGCUGUGGUUGAUAUGGUACUUAAUGACUGUCCUGAGGCUGAAGCUGAAGAUCUGUGGGAGGAGAUUGUCAUUCCCUUCUCAAAGUACUUUUGUUUUGUUCCUGCGCCCCCAGAUGAUUUUCAGAGUGAUCACAGGCCGUCCCCGCAGACACAGCAUGGCACCGUUUCCUCAUAUCACCGCAGACUCGGCAUCCUUGUGGUUCCCCAGCGUGGCAGAACCUGGGGUCCUAUGUUUCUUUGUCGCAUUCGAAAGCGGAAAUAAGUGUUUUAGCGGAACGUUAAGUUUACUGGUAAUGAAAAGCCCUCUGCAUUUCUUUACUAGUACAUCUGCCAAUGUAGUCAGAUAUUCACACCUCUUUAUUUGGGGUGUCAGUCAGAC